AUGUUCCGCAAGCUCAAGUCGGGGCUGACCAAGGGCGUGAAAUCCAAGUAUCGCCUGGAUGUGGCGGUGUCGAGCGUGGAGGGCCUGCCGCCCGGCGUGGCCGCCUGCCGGCUGCAGUGGGCGCGGGGCGCCAAGGUGGCGGUCACCAAGCUGGCGCCUGCCUCGUCAGGCUGCGUGACCUGGGACGAGGAGCUGAGCCAGAUCGCCACCCUGGUGAAGCUGCCCGCCAGCUUUGAGGCCAAGGAGUAUGAGUUCAAGCUGCAGGCGCCCGGCGGCGGCCAGAAGCCUCCCGCCACCAUCGGCAAGGCCAGCCUGGACAUGGCGCGCUUCGCGGCGGCGCACGGCGCCCAGGCCGUGGCGCUGGCGGUGCCGGUGCCCGGGGGGCGCGCCACGCUUCACCUGGUAGUGGGCGCUGCAGAGGUCAAGGGGAUGGCGCUGGAUGAUGAUGCCAUGUCGGUGUUGACGGGCGCCUCGGGCAUCACAGAGUCCAGCCCCGGCAUGGAGCAGGAUCUGCGAGGCUUUGGGGUGGACAGCUCCAGACAUCUUGGCGGCGCCGCGCUGGCGACCGCGGCGCCCGCCGGUGCAGCAGCAGCGGCGGCGGCGUCCGGCGGCGCUCCUGGCGCGGCGCCGACCUCUGCCAGCCAAGAGGCCGUCGUCAGCCGCAGCAGCACAGGCGGGGAGCGGCAGGCGGAGGUGGACGCUCUGAGGAAGGAGGUGGAGGGGCGCGACGCCAGGCUGGCAUCACUGCAGAAGCAGCUGGCGGAGGCGCACGCGGAGCUGGCGCAGGCGCACUCGAGCGGCGGCGCUGCAGCGGUGCCCGUCCCCGUGCCGCUGCCCGCCGCCGACAGCGGCCGGGCUGCUGAGCUGGAACGGCAGAAUGCCGGUCUGUCGCGGGAGGUAGAGCAGCUGCGGGCUGACCUGGCGGCUGCCACAUCCACCGCCGCAGUCGCAGCCGCAGCCGCCUCUGCCUCUGCCGGCGACGACCGGCUGCGGGAGCAGCUGGCAGCAGCACAGGCACGGGUGGGAGAGCUGGAGCAGCAGGUGGCGGCCGGCGGCGAGCGCAGGGGCAGCGGUUCGGGCGGCGAGGAGGCUGCCGCCAAGCUGGCGCUCGCGGAGCAGAAGAUCCAGCAGCUGAUGGUGCUGGCGCAGCAUGGAGGCGGCGGCGGCAGCGGCCGCGAGGCCGAGCUGGAGGCUGCGCUGCAGUCUGCGGAGCAGGAUGUGGAGGAGGCGGAGGCGAUGGCGGCGGAGGCGAUGGAGAUGGCAGAGGCGGCGCAGGCGGAGGCUGCGGCGCUGCGGGACGAGAAGGCGGCUAUCGCUCAGGAACUGGCUGAGCUGCAGGAGCAGAGCGAGCAGGCGCUGCGCAGCACGCGGUGGAAGGAGGAGCGCGAGGCCAAGCGUGAGGCCGACUGGGACGCGCGCCUCAAGGAGGCCUACAAGCGCAUGGAGGAGUCUGUGGUGCUGGCUGAGCGCAUGCAGCGGGAGAGGGAUGAGCUGGAGGACAAGUACGCUGUACUGCUGAGCGAGAAGCAGGCGGUGGAGGCCAAGCUUGACCCAGAGGCGGUGGACCAGCAGGCCCACCUGCUGGUCCACCGCCUCUGGGUGGGGGAGCUGGAGAAGCAGCUGGCCAGCGUGCGGCUGGGAGAGGAGGACAGCUACGACCAGGUCCAGGCAGCCGAGGACCGAGCCGACUCUCUCUCACUGGAGCUGCAGUACUCUCAGGGCGAGGCGCAGCGCCUGGCGCACGAGCUGGCCCUGCUGCGGGACGCCCAGGAGAGGCACGCCAGCGACUAUCAGCGGGAGCUUGCAGAGGCAUCCAGCCGGGCGGAUGCGGCCCAGCACCAGCUGGAGGAGGCGCGGGCGCAGGCACGGCUCCCCCGCCUGCAGCUGCGCCAGGAGGCGGCCGUGGCCGUCGAGCUGCGCAGCCGGGUGCUGCUGCUGGAGGAGGAUGUGGAGGCAUCCAAGCUGCAGCUGGUGGCGGCGGCGGCGGCCGGCGGCGCCGCGGCCGGGCUGGGCACCUCCCGGCUGGAGGCUGAUCUGGCGGAGCGGCAGCGGGUGGCAGAGGGCCGCGCCGCGCAGCUGGAUGCCCUGGGCAGAGAGCUGGCUGACACGCGGGCUGACCUGGCGGAUGCGCUGGCCCAGCGGGAGCGGGCGGAGGGGCAGCUGGCGGAGGCGCGGCGCUCGCUGGCGGCCAGCGCGUCCACCGUUACCGGGCUUGAGGCUGUGCUUGCGGCGCGCGAGGCCCAGCUGGCGCAGGCGCAGGAGGCGCAGCGGAGCAGCCUGGCGCUGGUGUCGGCGCGCGGGCGCGGCAGCAGCGCGGAGGAGGGCGAGGGCGGCGGCGGGGCCGGCGAGCUGAGGGGGCUGCUGGAGGCGGAGCGAGGAGCCCACGCCGCUGAGCUGGCACGCCUGUCCACGCAGCUGGGCGAGGCGCAGCAGCUGGCGCAGUACAGUGCGGGGGAGAUGGCGGGGCUGGUGCAGCAGCUGGCGGAGGCGCAGGGCGAGCGCAGCGAGGUGGCGGCCAAGCUGGCAGAGUCGCGGGAGGAGGUGGCGCGCCUGCGGGCAGGCCCCGACGGCGAGCUGCGCAGCCGCAUCGAGCGGCUGGAGAAGGAUCUGGUGAUUCAGCGCAACAGGGCCGAGGUGAACGCGCUGUUCAAGGAGGAGCACGACAGGAUGACCCACCUUGCCAGCGCCCCGCGCGCCUCCCCGUGUGCCUCUGCGGCCGCCCUGCCGCCGCCUGCUGCAGCCGACAGCGUGCAGAAAGGAGCCAAGAAGCUGGGCUCCAAGCUGGGGCUGAAGCGCGGCAGCAAGGACAAGGAGGCGAGGCGGGCGGCGCUGGGCGGCUCAGACACCUCCUCCCCGCUGCCCUCACCCUUAGAGUGA